CUGGACUGGGCAUAGUAGCUUUUUCCCACCAUAUCUGUUCUUCGAAACUCAGAGGGAGCUCGCUUAAGUGUUGACAUGUCGAAAUGGUAACGUCGGGGCUUGGCUGUGAUUACUCUUUUGAAGCUACAGCUGCCAGGUAUUAUGGUGUGCCGGUGAUCUACGACGGCACUAGAUAUUGCGCGGUAAGUUCAAAUUGUAGCUUGUCACCGAAUUCUUAUGCAGAAGUACCAUAUACUCACUGACCACGAUGCCUACAAAAAGGGUACAGAUUGCUAUCUCGAAGAAGGCGAGUCCUUCACAGUCGAAAAAUCCGUCUCUAUCAACUUCGGUCUCGAAGGGCCAGGUCCACUUGAAUCUGUUCUCAGCGCAGGUAUCGGUUUCGGAAUCGCCAUCUCCGAAACACCUUCUCUCACGCAAGGCUUUACAUUCGGCGACGGUGCAUGUGGGUGGUGGUAUAAAGUCCCAGUUAUAAUACAUUCCUGUGGCACACUAAGUGAAUACGAGCCAAACUUUGGAGGUCAGUCUGCUUUCUCCCUAUGUCGUCUUUCUUGACCGACGAAUGCUGAUACCAGACUGCUCAGGGGAGGGCCCAAUAUUGUACUGUCUUGUCGACGCACCGUUCUCAAAGACGACUCCUAACGCUUGCUCGGAAAUUCAGGCAACAGCUAUCAACAGCGAUGAUCCUGAUGUGUUUGUGAUUCCCAAAUGGGUGAAUUGUGGCGAUCGCACUGAUCUUCCGGAUGAUCAGAAUUCCCAGGCUUGGAAGAAUACUUACGCUGGAGAGAGCGAUACUGUACAU